UCUCUUCUUCUUUCAGACACCACAUUCGGAAGCCAUGGAAGCAACCGUACACGUGGAAGAACUCACCUCCGGCGCCAGUAACCGUAUCAUUCCGGUCUGCAAAAACCUCCACCGAUCAUUCUUCUCCUCCGCCUCCGUCCGCCGUGCACUCAUCUUCCUCCAAUCCAUCUUCCUGUGGUUCAUUUUCCAGCUCCGCCGUUUCCAGCGCCCUCAACACCGUCCUCCGCCGUCAUCUAAGUCGAAAUUCUCUUUCCGGCGAAGAGAUGUCGAAUAUGAACAGGACGUUCUCCGGCGAAGAGCACUCGCGGAGGAAAUUCGGAUGCUUACGUCAUCGAUCGAUGUUGAUGACGUCACUAACCAGUGCCGAGCUGCCACGUGGAUGUUUGUUGGUACCAGACGUAAUGCUUUGUUUUGCCGGUCGUGGAUUCCGGUGUGUGAUGAGAUCAGGGGUAUUUUAGUCAUCAUACACGGACUGAACGAGCAUAGUGGAAGAUAUGCUGAUUUUGCAAGGCAACUCAAUUCAUAUAACUUUGGGGUAUAUGCAAUGGACUGGAUAGGUCAUGGAGGGAGUGAUGGAUUGCAUGGAUAUGUACCUUCGCUGGAUCAUGUUGUGGCAGAUACUGGGUCUUUUCUGGAAAAGAUUAAGUCAGAUCACCCAGGAAUCCCAUGCUUUCUUUAUGGGCACUCAACCGGAGGAUCUGUGGUUCUAAAGGCUGCUAGCUAUCCUUACAUUAAAGAACUAGUGGAAGGAGUUAUACUAACGUCACCGGCAUUGCGUGUUACUCCUUCGCAUCCCAUAGUUGGGGCUGUAGCGCCAUUAUUUUCACUUGUGGCCCCAAAAUACCAAUUCAAAGGAGCCAACAAAAGAGGUAUUCCGGUUUCUAGAGACCCUGCAGCACUAGUAGCCAAAUACACCGACCCGUUAGUAUACACCGGGCCGAUGAGAAUCCGAACGGGCCAUGAAAUUCUUCGGAUCUCGUCUCACUUGAAUCGUAACUUCAAGUCUGUGACGGUACCUUUUUUCGUCCUACAUGGAACCGCUGAUAAAGUAACGGAUCCACUUGCUUCUCAAGAUUUGUACAACCAGGCGGCUUCGGGUUACAAGCAUAUAAAGUUGUAUGACGGGUUCUUGCAUGAUCUUCUUUUUGAGCCCGAGCGUGAAGAAAUCGGGCAAGAUAUUAUUGAUUGGAUGGAGACGAAGCUAAGUUUUCGUCGUUGAAAAGUAAUAAACUAGAUGUUGAUUUUAAUUGGUUUGUUAAUAAGAAGAUGAAUUGUUAAGUGUAAAAGAAGAAUUCAGUAAUUGCUCAAAUUUGAUGUGCAUUCCAUAUGGUUAAACCAGCAUGUUAAGUAUUAACUAACA